AUGGCUUCUUCCAAGCCUUGCCUUGGCCUUCUCUUCUCCGUCACUUGCCUCCUCCUGCUGCACGUCCUACCGCCGCCGACGAUGGCGAACCCGUCGCCGUCGCCGCCGCCGCCGCCGUCAUCAUGCGAGAAGUCCGACAGUGAGCUGAGGUUCUUGUUCUCGCGGUGGAUGGCGCAGUACGGGAAGAGCUACCCGUGCCCGAUCGAGCACGAGAAGCGGUACCAGAUAUGGAAGGACAACACCAAGUUCAUCGGCGCGUUCCGCAGCGAGACGGAGAUCUCCUCCGGCGUCGGCGCGUUCGCGCCGCAGACCAUCACGGACUCCUUCGUCGGGAUGAACGGGUUCGGCGACCUCACCUCCGGCGAGUUCGUCGAGCAGUACACCGGGUUCAACGCCACCGCGUUCCGCGCCCCGCCGCCGUUCCCGCUCCCGCCCGACUCGCCGCAGCCGUGCUGCGUCGACUGGCGCUCCAGCGGCGCCGUCACCGGCGUCAAGUUCCAGCGCUCUUGCGCGUCGUGCUGGGCGUUUGCGGCGGCGGCGGCCAUCGAGGGGCUCAACAAGAUCAUGACCGGCGAGCUGGUGUCGCUGUCGGAGCAGGUGAUGCUGGACUGCGACACCGGGAGCAACGGGUGCCGCGGCGGCCGCUCCGACACGGCGCUCAGCCUGGUGGCCUCCCGCGGCGGCAUCGCGUCGGAGGAGGAGUACCCGUACACCGGCGUCAGGGGCGGCUGCGACGUGCGCAAGCUGCUGUUCUCCCACCAGGCGUCCCUGUCGGGCUUCCGCUCCGUGCCGCCCAACGACCAGCGGCAGCUGGCGCUGGCGGUGGCGCGGCAGCCGGUGACGGCGUACAUCGACGCCGGCGCGCGCGACUUCCAGUUCUACAAGGGCGGCGUGUACCGGGGCCCCUGCUCGUCGGAGAAGGUGAACCACGCCGUCACCAUCGUCGGCUACUGCGAGGGCUUCGGCGGCGACAAGUACUGGAUCGCCAAGAACUCGUGGAGCAAAGACUGGGGCGACCAUGGCUACUUCUACCUCGCCAAGGACGUGUGGUGGCCGCAGGGCACCUGCGGCGUCGCCACCUCUCCCUUCUACCCGACGGCCUGA